UCUUCUUCUUCCUCUGAACAAAUUCGAAAACAGCACACGGCGAUGGCGUCGCUUAUACUCGGAGCUCCUCCGCGAGUCACCCUCGCAUUAUCUUCUUCACGCUUAUCAUCAUCUCACUCAGAAACCGCCGGUGUCUCUCUCUCUUGCUUCACUCAUCAAUUCUCUCUCUCCACUUCCUCAUCCAGCUCAAUUCCACUCGUGUACUGUGGUAGAGGUGACCGUAAAACAGCUAAAGGAAAGCGUUUCAAUCACUCUUUUGGGAAUGCGAGGCCGAGAAACAAGAACAAAGGAAGAGGACCAGAGAGAGUACCAGUUCCUCCAGCACCACCGAGGAAAGAUAAGUUUGAGAACGACGAGAAGAUCAAAAUCGACAUCGACGAGUCUCUCUUCUCUAAUUAGAAAAUGAGAUUCUUCAUUCACUGUAAUGUUAAUUUGUUUUUAGAAAUCUUUGUUGAUGCUGCGACUCUUUUGUUGUUAAAACAUCUCCAAGUUCUCUGCUUUCUAUGAAAGUUUGCUUCUUUAUGAAUCAUUGAGUCUUUUACAUUGAAAAAGUAAAGCAAAUGUGAACAA